GCGGGGCGGGCGCGGGCGCGCGCGGCGGCGGCAGUGGCGGCGGCGGUGGCACGUUCCGUUCCGGGCCGAGGCUCGCGGCGGAAAAGUUGCUGGGCGGAGAGGAGCGGCCCCGGGACGGGCAGCCAGCGCGACGCCGAGCCGGCCCCGCCAUGGACGACCUCGACGCCCUGCUGGCGGACUUGGAGUCCACCACCUCCCACAUCUCCAAGCGGCCUGUGUUCCUGUCGGAGGAGACCCCCUACUCCUACCCCACGGGGAACCACACGUACCAGGAGGUGGCCGUGCCCCCGCCCGUGCCCCCGCCCCCCUCCAGCGAGGCCCUCAAUGGCACUGCCCUGGAGCCCCUAGACCAGUGGCAGCCCGGCGCCCCCCGCAUCACUCACCAGCAGCCUCAGCCCCCCUCCCCCGUCUACGGUUCCACUGCCAAAACCUUCGCUGCCUCCCUCCCCCAGGACGCCGGGGGCUCCCCGUGUUCCCGAGCCGGCGAGGAGGAGCACGUGUACAGCUUCCCCAACAAGCAGAAGUCGGCGGAGCCGUCCCCCACCGUCAUGAGUGCGUCCCUGGGCAGCAACCUGUCCGAGCUCGACCGGCUGCUCCUGGAGCUCAACGCCGUGCAGCACAGCCCCCCAGAUGAGGCCAACGCCAGCCCCCCGCUGCCCGGGGCCCUGAGCCCCCACUACGGCAUCCUGGAGAACAGCGGCGCCCUGGCGCCCAAGGCGGGGCCCCUGCCCAAGGAGAAGCCCAAGCGCAACGGCGGCCGCGGGCUGGAGGCCGUGCGGCCCAGCGUGGAGAGGCUCCUGGACGAGCUGGAGAGCUCCGUGCCCAGCCCCGUCCCCGCCGUCACCGUGAACCAGGGCAGCCCGCAGCGAGCCGCCUCCAGCCAGCAGCAGACCCGCAUCUCGGCCUCCUCCGCCACCAGGGAGCUGGACGAGCUCAUGGCCUCCCUGUCGGACUUCAAGACCUGCUCCUCGGUGGUGGCCUUGAGUGUCCCGGGCCUGCCGCCCAGCUCAGCGCCAGGCGCUGCCCACGUCCUCUCUUCUCCCCCCGGGCCCUCUGUGUCCUCGCCGCCCGCUGUCCCCCUCUCCCCGCCAGGCCCCGCGCACACCCCGGAGGGCCUCCGUGUGGAGGAGGCCCAGGCGCAGGGCUGCCUCCCUCCCGAGGCCCUCCGCUGGCUUGAUAUGCCCGACCUCGGGGCGACCCCAGACACUCCCCGCUCGGGGUCUCCGUGUGCCCAGCUGCACAGCCAGGCGUGGGGUGGCCUCGCCAGCGCUGCCCCUGGCCACGCUGUCCCCCGGGCUGGAGGAGCAGGGCCCCCCGCCCGCCCAGUGUGCAUUGGGGAGGACGAGGCCGUGGUCUCCCCCAGGGGUGGGCCCGAGACCCCCCCCAGAGCCGGGGCCGGCCUUCAGGAGGUGACUGAGCCGUGUGUGGUGGCCGUGGACCGGCAGGCCGUCUGCCCCGACACCUGGAGUCUCACGAAGGAGCGAGGCCAGAGCCAGGACAGGGCAGGGCCGACCGGCCGCUGGCCUGCUGGUGGAGCGGGCAGGCCCACCGCGAGUGCCGAGACCCCCCGGAGGCCCGAGGGCCACGCUGCAACCGCCACGGAGGCCGAGAGGGACAGGCCCGAGUUUCCACUCGCCACAGCCCUGGACACAGCCGCCGCCACGGAGAGGAUUUCCACCUCCGGCCAGGUGGUCUUCCCGCCCGGCUCCCCCGUCCCCCUGAGGAGAGCCUCUGUCGCACCUUCUCCUCCUGCCCCUUCUUUGCUCCAGCUCUGCACAGACACCUCCGCCUCCGGCUCUUCUCCCCUGUCCAGCUCUCCUGUCCCCGCUGCCCCGGGGUCCUCGGCUCCCCCCCAGGGCUCCCCCGGGGCCCAGAGUGCUGGGGCCGGGUCCCGGGGUGAGACCCCGCAGGACGCUUCCCCCUCUCCUGCGCCCCAACCCGUGAGGUCCGUGGGCUGUCAGACGGAGGAGGACCCGCUCUUCCCCCCGAUGCAGAUCCAGGGCCUGGAGCCGGGAGCGAAUGGAUCGCCGUGCUGGGCGGGUGGCUGGCCUCUGAGCGGGCAGGACGAGGGCGGGGUCAGUGCUGGGCCGAGGGUCCUGCUGGACACUGACCGCUGGCCGCCCUCUGACCCCCGAGACCAGCCAGCCCAUCCCCUCCGCUCUGCGCGAGCCUCUGCCCACCUGCCCCCAGCGGGCUUGCAGUUCAUGUCCCAGGGGAAGACGGGGAGCAGCUCUCCCCCCGGGGAGCCCCCGAAGCCCGGGAGCCAGCUGGACAGCAUGCUGGGGAGUCUGCAGUCCGACCUGAACAAGCUGGGGGUGGCCACCGUGGCCAAAGGCGUCUGCGGGGCCUGCAAGAAGCCCAUCGCCGGGCAGGUGGUGACCGCCAUGGGGAAGACGUGGCACCCGGAGCACUUCGUCUGCACCCACUGCCAGGAGGAGAUCGGGUCGCGGAACUUCUUUGAGCGGGACGGGCAGCCAUACUGUGAAAAGGACUAUCACAACCUCUUCUCCCCGCGCUGCUACUACUGCAACGGCCCCAUCCUGGACAAAGUGGUGACCGCCUUGGACCGCACGUGGCACCCUGAGCACUUCUUCUGUGCCCAGUGUGGGGCCUUCUUCGGCCCGGAAGGCUUCCACGAGAAGGACGGCAAGGCCUACUGCCGCAAGGACUACUUCGACAUGUUUGCCCCCAAGUGUGGCGGCUGCGCGCGGGCCAUCCUGGAGAACUACAUCUCGGCCCUCAACACGCUUUGGCACCCCGAGUGCUUCGUGUGCCGGGAGUGCUUCACGCCGUUCAUCAACGGCAGCUUCUUCGAGCACGACGGGCAGCCCUACUGCGAGGUGCACUACCACGAGCGGCGCGGCUCGCUGUGCUCGGGCUGCCAGAAGCCCAUCACGGGCCGCUGCAUCACCGCCAUGGCCAAGAAGUUCCACCCCGAGCACUUCGUCUGCGCCUUCUGCCUCAAGCAGCUGAACAAGGGCACCUUCAAGGAGCAGAACGACAAGCCCUACUGUCAGAACUGCUUCGUCAAGCUCUUCUGCUAGGCGCCCGCCCGCCCCCCGCCGCCGCGGCCACUCGGACCCAGAGGCCCCCCCUCCAUCGGCGGGAGGGGCCGCCCCACUCAAACUGGAACCCACGUUCUUGGCUGGUGCAGGGUGGCGGCGGGGGGGUGUGAGGGGGUCCCCCCUGCUUUGCUUCGCCCCCGGGCCAUCUUCCUCCUACGGCCCCCCCAGGCUGCCAGCUCUCGGACCCCCCCCCCUCAGAGGCCGUCCCACAUGUGUGUGCCCCCCCCGCGCCCCCCUGGACCUGCCUGGCCAAGACCAGCACCCACACUGGAGCCAUCUCUCACCCGUGUUGGCAGCAGGGGAGGGGGCAGGCGGGGGUCUCCUCACUCUCUCCCCCGCCCCCAGCUCACCGCCCUUGUUUCUGAGAGUGUUGGGGGACAGUGGGCCCCCUUGUCAAUGCCAGCAUCCAUCCACUCCCCCGCCAGAGCCCAGGGUCCCACAGAAGGCGCCCCGUUUUCCUCCGGUCCUUUGGCCGCCCCCGGCCCCGGUGUCUGGCCCACCUGGCCACGGCCCCCCCAACCCCCUCCCGCCAAUCACUCCUCUGGUUCUACUGAGACAAACCUCUCGAGCAAUAAUGUUUUCUAGUCAACGUCCAUCUCCCGGGGGCCCCCCCCCCGAGCCGGGUCACUGUGCCAACUUUGAUAGAUUUCUACACUGAGCUUUGAAUUCAGACCGGCCGAGAGGCCCUUCACUUCUCUACGCGACGCUGCGGAAGAGAUUUUAAACAUGGUCCCCUUUUGUAUUCUCCUCCUCUCUGACCAGGGACCGAGGGCUGGGGGCGGG